UUCCAACGGUCGCCUCACUAUUUCCUUGGGAUUCUGGAAGCUCAUAGCCAUCCUCCAUGUCGAGCUCAGAACCUGCUAUGCUGAGACAAGAUGCAGUCAUCUGACUCACUUGGCCGUACGCCGGAGGCACUCGUGCAGAAAGGGUCAGACCAGUUCCGGAAUGGGUCUGCCAAUGGUCGAGGGUUCACCAAUCCAUGUCGUUCAAUCUUGCCCGCGAGAGACGCCAGAAGGGAGACAGGAAGAAGCCCUGAUAUAGAGCUGAACCAGCAUGCAAUCAAAAAUAUCUGCCCGACGUUGCCGGAGUGGUUCUGCAUAAAGCGAGGCCAAUUUGCAAGGGCGCGGGCGGAGAUGGUCAUUGUUUCACUCUGUAGUCAAAUUGACCCGCCAAGACCUGCAGCGCCCCACGAGACAAUGAUGCUAUUUCUGGUGUCGACCGGCAGAUCCGGUGGGUUGCAGAAUGCGCCGAAUGUGUAGAUUGAGUGAGCUGUAUCAUGUCUGCGUGAAGGUGUGCUUCCUCUCAAUGGAGAGGAUUAUGUUUCUGCCUGGGACGGGCACAAGAGAUAACUUGGUAGUUGUGUCAACCGACUGAGUACACCGUAUACACGUGUAUCAAUCGGCCGGAUGGUGGACUCGAACCAGCUUGCAAGUUGCCACAACCGAAGGUAACUCAUCCCU